AUGCUCCAAAAGAACAAAACAGAAACAGUGAACGAAGAGGAGCCAGAAAAACGGGGACUGUCCCAGGAAGAGGCUCUUCUCCAGGAAAGGGACGAGGCCAAGGAAAAACUGGCUGAGUUUGAACAGGCUUCUCAGGCCUUGCUAGCAGAACUAAACUCCUUGGAGGCUGAAUACGAAAUCGAGAAGAGCUGCCGAGAGCAAGCCGAAGCUUAUGCAGCUCAGAUGAACAGGGAAAACAAGAAGCUGAAGCGGAUCAGCGCAGCUUUGCUGCCGAUGCUCAGCCACCCCUCAGUAGACUUUGUGAGCUUGGACCAUGAGGAUGAAAUCGCUGGUGAGCAAAUGCUGGAUCCGGUGUGCCAGUACUUGCAGGAAAUCAAAGAUCUCCAAGCAAAGGUUUCUUGGCUGUUGUGUGAGAAGAAGGAACUGUCCGAGCAAGUGAAGGCGCUCCAGGAUCGUGUCCAGCAUCUCCAGGACCAGGUAGAAGAGGAAUCCUCUGAGAAGAAGUCCCUGCAGGCUUUCGUGAAGCACCAUCAGCAGGCUUUGAAGAGGGUCAAACAAGUGUCCCGGCUGGUUACCAAGGAGUACGGCGAAGUAUCUCGGCAGCUCGAUCUGGAGCAGGAGCUGAGGCAGCAAGCAGAGGAGUUUGCCCACCAGAUGCUGGUGAAGAAGGAGGAGGCCAAGAGGCAGAGCAUGAUCCUGAUGCAGAGCAUUGGGGCAGAUGCUCAGCUUCUCCAAGCACUGGACGAGGUGGCCAAGAUGACCAGGGCUCUGGAAGAAGCCAAGCUGGAUCAUCAGGCCAAGGUGAAGGAUCUAGAGACCCAGCUGGCAGAGCAGCCGCAGCCAGAAGAACUGCACGUGCUGCAGGCUGCCCUGGCCAUGGCUGUGGAAAAGCAAGCCUGCCUCGAAAGGCAACUGCUCCAAGCAGAGGAAAGAAACACGGCGCUGGGAGAGACAGUGAAAUUGCUGGAAGAAACGGCCAAGCUGGUGGAAGCCCCCCUUCCUGGGCCCUGCCCCAUGGCUCCCCCACCACCUCCCCCACCACCUCCCCCACCACCUCCCCCACCGCCUCCCCCUUGUCCUCUCCCAGUAGACCCCCUCUUGGCCAUCAGGCAGAGGAAAGGAGUGCACCAAGCCAAGCAAGGGACUGCGAACUGCAGCACAGAUGAUUGCAAAGCGAAGGCCAUGGAGGAGAUGAUGUGCCGGAUAAGAAGUGGGGUGGUGCUGCGCUCAACCAGAGGGGAUGCAGAGGCCUCAGCCAAGGUACAAAAGGCAGCAGCAAACAAGCGGAGAAGCACCGUCAUGGAGCUCCAGGGCCUGCUGGGCACCAUGAAGAUGCCCACCAGGAAAUCCAGCCGGCGUAAAAGCUGCCAGAAGCACCGAGACAACCAACUGGAGGCCAUCCUGCAGAGACGCCGGCAGAUUGUCGACUGCCCAGGCCAGUCCCAAGCUCCGCAAGAGCGCCCUGCUGCCAAGGCAACGGUACACAGGACCCCUGACCACACUGGAGGGGUCACAGCAGGUGUCCACACCCCUCCAAAGGCAGAGCUCCUGGGAGCCCCACAUCCCAACAUGCAACGCUCUACAGUUACCCACGAAAUCCAGCCAGGUGACCACAGCAAAGCUGCAGCCAAGUCCCCCUGGCCCUCGGAGAAGGAGAAGAGCCCCAUCCCAGUCCGGAGCCAGCAGAGAGUGGCCAGCCUUCAGACAAGCAGACGAAUGGCUCCUUUGCCUGGGAGCAAACCCUGA